AUGCCACGCCCGCGGCGGUCGCGCUGCCUUGGCUGCGUUGUUUUGCUGCUGGUGGCGCUCUGCUUCCACCGGGCACGGCUGGCAUUCCUCCAAGCAGAAGAGCAGCCGGUCGAGGGCACCAGCGACACAGGCAACGACCUCGACCUCAGCUCAGAGCGGGAAGUGCUUCCCGCCGAGGUGGUUCCUGAACGUUAUGAUCUGCACCUUGAACUGGACCCAGAGCACUUGGACACAUUCUCCGGUGAGGUUACAAUUACGCUGGAGGUGACCAGUGAGACACCUUUCAUCACUCUUAACGCGCGUGCCCUGUCCAUUGACAUGAAGUCGGUGGCUUUCCGGCAACAGGGCUCGGAUGCCGUGCAGGCACCAGUGGAUACUGCGGAGGAUGCAGAGCUCGAGCGCGUAAGUUUCCACUUCAGCGAGAACCUCCCUCUGGGCCUGGCAACUCUGCAGCUGAGCUACACAGGUCAGCUGGGCCAGGACAUGGCGGGUUUGUACACCAGCAGAUACAAGAGCUUGCAUGGCUGGAAGUCAAUGGCGCUGACUCAAUUCGAAGCCGUCGAUGCCCGGCGCAUGUUCCCGUGCUGGGAUGAGCCGAGCAAGAAGGCUAUCUUCGGCCUCAGCGUCAGCAUUCCCUCGGCGCUCGUCGCGGUGUCCAACAUGCCCAGCGCCUCUGAGACGACGAUCAGCCGGAAGAAGACGAGGGUCACGUUUCUGGAUACUCCGCGAAUGUCCAGCUACUUACUGGCGCUCGCCGUGGGCCGAUUUGACUCCAUACGGGCGCAGACAGAGAGCGGGACACUGAUCCGUGUCCUGACCGUUCCAGGUCAGGCAGACUUGGGAGAGUUCGCACUGGACAUUGCGCGAAGGAGUUUGGUCUACUACGAGAGCUAUUUCGAGGUUCCUUACCCCCUGCCGAAGCUGGACAUGCUUGCCGCCCCGGACUUUGCUGCCGGAGCUAUGGAAAACUGGGGGCUGGUGAUUUUCAGGGAGGUAGACCUGCUCUGCAACAUCUCUACUGUGGGUGUGUCGCGGAAAGUGCGGAUUGCCACGGUGGUUGCCCACGAGCUGUCACAUAUGUGGUUUGGCAACCUGGUAACAAUGGAGUGGUGGGAGCAGCUCUGGCUGAACGAAGGUUUUGCCAGCUGGAUGCAGACCCAUUCUGUGAACAUGCUCUUUCCCGAGUGGCACAUGUGGGAGCAGUAUGUGGUGCAGCAACAGAGCCGGGCAUUGAGUCUAGAUGCCCUGAGAAGCUCUCAUCCGAUCGAGGUGCCCAUCCGCAACGCGAAGGAGGUCGAUGAGGUCUUCGACGCCAUUUCGUACUGCAAGGGUGGAUCCAUCGUCCGGAUGCUGAGUGGAGUGCUGGGCCAUGAAAACUUUCGAAAAGGUUUAGGUCUCUACAUGAAGCGCUUCGCGUACCAGAACACUGCCUCAUCGGACCUGUGGAAAUGCUGGGAAGAGGUCUCGGGGAUUCAACUGCCGGAGAUGAUGGACUCCUGGACACGACAGCAGGGAUUUCCACUGCUGAUCGUGAACGAGUCGCAGGACUCUGGUGUCAGAGGUGUGCGGAAGCUUAGUGUGAAGCAGCAAUGGUUUCUGGCAGAUGGCAGUGCUCAGCCAGGAGAUGGCGACAAGCUUUGGCAGAUCCCCUUGCUGCCUGGGCCUCUGAAGGACGUCACCCAAAAGGGCAAGCAACCGCUCCCACUGCUCGACAAGAAGAUGGACACGUGGGAUGUUCCUGCAAAUGCAGGGGCCUGGAUCAAGUUUAACUUCGGCCAGCUAGCCCCGUACCGCGUGCUUUAUGCCAGCCCAACUUUGAGGUCGCAGCUUUCUAAGGCGGUUCGCUCCGGAGAGGCCUCAGCAGUCGACCGAAUAGGCUUGCUCAUGGAUGCCAUGGCCUUCGCGAAGCAGGGCCAGCAACCCAUCCACGAGCUGCUACGACUUCUGGCUGCUUUCAAAGGUGAGAAGAUGACGCACGUGUGGGAGGCCCUGGCCAGUGUUCUGGGAACCCUGUACCGGACGGUGUCUGCAAUCCAGAGCAGCGAGUAUACCCUGGCCCUCCAGCAGGCCGUGGGGAAUGGCCUCCUUCGCGAUGCUCUUGUGCAGACCGGCUGGUCCCCUUCGGAGCAUGAUAGCGACCUGCUCCGGCAAAAGCGAGCGCUAGUGCUUGCCCUGGUCGCAAGAUACAUGCCGCAGGACAAGGAGGUCCGCAAAGAGGCGCAGAAAAAGUUCGAUGCCUGGUUCCAGGCCCCGACCCUGGCGACGAAGCAAAGCCUUCUACCAGACGAUCUGAAGACCUCGGUGUUCAGAAUUGUUCUCACCAAUGCCAACGGCAACGCGCAGUACCAAGCCCUUCGUCGCUACGUGAAGGGAUCAGACACGCCACAAGCUGUCCGCCUCAGUAUCUACAAAGCGCUGGGGGCAGCCCCACGGAAAGAUCUGCGAACGAAGACGCUGGACAUGGCAAUGGGAGGUCGCAAUGGAGUCCGACUGCAGGACAUCAUGUAUCCAAUACAGGGAGUCGCCGCCAUGGAUCGGGAGGGUGCGCAGAUUGCGUGGCGCUGGUUCCUUCAGCGUCGUCGUGCCAUCACCGGUCGCCUUCGAGGAGCCAACGUGCGCCUCUUGGGCUCUGUGAUAGAAUGCGCUGCUGGGGCGCUGCCGGACAAGUCUCACGCCAACGCCGUGGAGGCUCUGUUUGAACAGCAUCCGGUGCCUGGAUUAGAGCGCAGCAUUGCGCAGCUGGUGGAGGCGAUACGCACAGAAGCCAAGUUCGUUGCGCGGAUGGAGGAUGAGAUGAGCCGACCAGAAAUGAAAGACGUCCUAGAAGCUUUUCAGGAGUGA